UUUCCCCAAAUAAGUUGAUGAAAUGGGUAUAAUUUAUGGAAUGGGGUAAUUUUCGGUCAUUACUUGUUAGACUCAAACGGCAUUGACUCAGAUAACAAAAAAUUGGUUCUUUGUACUCUUAAAAAUCCAAAAUUUGGAAAACUGAACUUGUGAAAAUUUAAGUUUUUAUUUAAUUUUAAGGAGAACGUACAUAAAAAUAUAUAAUGGACACCAACACCAUUACUGAGCCUCCAGAAUUUAUUGAAAUUGAUAACGAAAAAAUAGCUACUCGACAUCGGGAUGGGAAUAAUCCAGAUGUAUUUUGGUUAGGUGGUUAUCGUUCUAAUAUGUUAGGCACAAAAGCACAGGCUAUAGAUGAAUGGACUAAGACAGGGCUCUCAUCGACAAAAUGCCACUCAAAACCCUGGACUAAGACAAAGAAUAUUUCUUAUACUCGACAUGAUUAUUCGGGUCAUGGCGAGUCUACAGGAAAAUAUUUUGAGGGAACAAUUUCCAAAUGGCUGGCACAAAGUUUAACAGUUUUUCGACGUUAUGCUAAGAAUAAUCGUCAAAUAUUAAUUGGCUCAUCUUUAGGUGGAUGGAUUGCUCUUAGAAUGGUUAAAGAAUUAAAUAAGCAGCCUCCAUUCCCAAUUGCUGGUUUAUUGUUAAUCGCUCCAGCUCCAGAUUUCACUAAAGAACUAAUUGAGCCUAGACUUACUGAAGCAGAUAAAGAACAGUUGGAGACUAAAGGUUAUUUUGAAGAAAAGUCUCCCUAUUUUGAAACGAAUAUUUGGCAAAGAGAGACGCUUGAAGAUGGAGAGAAAAAUAAUUUGGUUUUGACACCUAAUUUCGAUCCAAAUUGUCCUGUUCACAUAAUUUAUGGCUUGAAAGAUGAUGCCGUUCCAAUGAAAUUAAUUGAUAAAUUGGUUAGUGUAUUGCCGAAGGAGCGUGUUGUUAAAACAAUUAUUAAUGACGGGGAUCAUCAGUUAUCUCGUCCAGAGGAUAUCGAAGUGAUUUUGCGUUCUUUAGACGAUUUAAUUAAUAUCAACGAGAAAGCGCUUUAA